AUGUCGUCCACCGAUAUCGCUACUAGGGAGCUGAAGAAUCCCAUCGAUCUUACGGAGUAUUUAUUUCGGCGUCUCCACGAGGUAGGUAUUCGCUCAGUGCAUGGCUUGCCCGGUGACUACAAUCUUGUGGCCUUGGAUUACCUGCCCAAGUGUGACCUCAAGUGGGUUGGCAAUUGCAAUGAACUGAACGCUGGUUAUGCCGCCGAUGGCUAUGCGCGUGUGAAGGGUAUUAGUGCCCUGAUCACUACCUUUGGCGUGGGAGAAUUGUCUGCCCUUAACGCUAUCGCAGGCGCGUACUCCGAGUUCGUUCCAAUCGUCCACAUUGUUGGCCAGCCCACCACCAAGUCUCAAAAGGAUGGAAUGUUGCUACACCACACUCUUGGAAACGGUGACUUCAAUGUCUUUAACAAAAUGAGUUCUGCCAUCUCGUGCUCUGUCGCUCGCCUAAACGAUCCUCACGAUGCAGCGACCCUGGUCGACAAUGCCAUCCGCGAAUGCUGGAUUCGCAGUCGUCCGGUCUACAUCACUUUGCCAACUGAUAUGGUCGCCGCGAAGGUCAAUGGUGAUCGCCUGAAAACCCCCAUUGAUCUUUCACUGCCUGAGAACGAUACCGAGAAGGAGGACUACGUGGUCGAUGUUGUAUUGAAGUAUCUUCAUGCCGCGAAGAACCCCAUUAUCCUGGUUGACGCUUGUGCGAUCCGCCACCGCGCAUUGGAAGAAGUGCAUGAGCUGGUAAAGAAGUCCGGCUUGCCCACAUUUGUGACUCCCAUGGGUAAAGGAGCCGUGGACGAAACUCAGAAGAACUUUGGCGGUGUGUACGCUGGAAAUGGAUCCAACCCUGGAGUCAGUGAGGCCGUCGAGGCCUCCGAUCUCAUUCUAAGCAUUGGAGCGAUCAAGUCUGAUUUCAACACCACCGGGUUCACCUAUCGCAUCGGGCAGCUGAACACCAUUGACUUCCACAGCACCUUUGUUCGAGUGCGGUACUCCGAGUACCCUAACAUUAACAUGAAGGGUGUGCUGAGGAAGGUUACUCAGCAAAUGAAGGCUCUUACCCCUGCAAUUGUUCCUCCGAUUAACAACCGACUGCCCGACAGCGAGAAAGCUUCUACCGAACAAGCUAUCACUCACAAGUGGCUGUGGCCAAUCGUUGGACAAUGGUUGAAGCCAAAGGAUAUCAUUAUCACAGAGACUGGAACUGCCAACUUUGGUAUUUGGGAUACUCGUUUCCCUGCGGAUGUGACUGCCAUCAGCCAGGUACUUUGGGGUAGCAUUGGUUACUCCAUGGGAGCCUGCCAGGGUGCUGCUCUCGCUGCUAAGGAGCAGAAGAACCGCCGUGCCAUUCUUUUCAUUGGCGAUGGAAGUAUACAACUGACUGUGCAAGAGUUGAGCACGAUUCUGCGCAACAAUCUGAAUCCUAUUGUAUUUGUGAUUUGCAAUGAAGGUUAUACCAUCGAGCGAUACAUUCAUGGUUGGGAUGCCGGAUACAAUGAUAUUCAACCUUGGGACUUUGCCAACAUCCCCAAGGUCUUUGGAGCCAAGGAUAACUACCAAGGCUACCGCAUCAAAACCCGUGAUGAGCUCAACAAUCUGUUCGCCGAUGAAACUUUCAAUGUCUCGGAUAAGCUUCGGCUGGUCGAGUUGUACAUGCCUCGCGACGAUGCUCCUGCGGCUCUGAAAUUGACUGCCGAGGCUGCUGCCAAGCGAAACGAAUAG